GGUCCAGUUUAGUCUUCGCCAGAGGUUUAUUGACGUUGACAAAGGGCCAGUUGCAAAAAUCUUCCGUCAAAUUGGUCUUGUUCUGCUUCUGAAGUCGCAGGAAUUUCUUCGUCGGCGGAUAUUCGUAGGGCUUCGGCUUCACGUGGGGAACAGCAUUCUCAUCACAGGGAACUGGACAGGGCCCAUGAUGUUCGUUAUUUUCUUGUUAUUAGUUUCAUCGGGAUCGCACAUUUUGAACGAAAAAUUUUGAUAUACCGAACCUUGAAAAUAUUAAAAUUUAAAUAGCACGGCCGGAACGUUCACCUUAUAAUUUCCUUCAUGAAUGCCUAAUCGAUUGACAAUUUAAUAAACAAAUUAUUGUAUGUCAUAGAUGUCAAGUAUCUAACAUCAGCUCCAAAUUUAAGUGAAAUCGGACUAUUUUAUUUUAAAUUAUGGUUUGUGACGAGAAAAAGCGCAAAAAAUUCAACCCGCGGCCGAAAAUCGUCUACCCCCCGGUGCCCACCAAAAAAUGGAUACCCCCGGAUUUUCGCCACAAGAGGGUGAUGCCACCCCCGCAGCUGAGGUACCGAAAACCCCCCGGAAUGGACCAACGAGUUAAACCGUCGGCUUUGUGGAAAAUAUGGCGUCGGUUCUUCUUCUUCGACGACACGGCUAUUUUAACCGGAACCUUCUCCCAAACGCACAAGAGAUUCACCUUCAAAUCCAACGGGCUCCAAUCCUCCUGCAACUGCGCUAUAGCAUGCAUCUUUGCCCACAUCCUUCCUAUGGAACUCUGGGACAAGUACCUUCUGGAUACAAUUUUGAUUCUCGGUGACCAGCUCUUCCGGAAAAGUCUGGAGCAGGAUCCGGAUCGGUGUUGGACGGAAAUCGACACGGAACGAGUGUACACCUCCCUUUUCAUCGGAAGGAAGAAGGUGUCCUUCGAAAUCGACAAAAAGAACAGAGUGGACGAAAUUUUAUCUGCCGUGAAUGAAGAUAAAAUUAAGAAAAGGUUUCAAGAAGUCAUAGAAGGUGUACUUAAGAUAUACUUUUGCGGAAUAUUCACCAUGCACGGUUGCAAGAAGGUAUUGGCGUUUUGGUUUAAAGAAGGGAGGUACUACUUAUUCGAUCCGACUGCUCACACUUCUUGCGGAGUCACAUGGGCAAAUUGGCCCGGUGGUGGUUUAUCCAUUGUAUAUCGUUGUAAAACGAUGGAAUGCUUCAUAGACAGGUUGUACGAGAACAUAACUUGCUACGGCAGUAUAAUACUGGAAAGCUUGGCUCAUUGCCAUUGCUGGGGAGCCUUGGAUUCCAAAUUCACUUCGAAAAUAUGCAAAGGGAGGUUUUGGGUCGAGCCUUGCAUGGUUCUAAGGGUCACCGACAUAGACACCACACCGCCUGAAACGUACGAGGACGUUCGACCCAUCAUGCCACCGCACGAUUGGUGUUUCAGAGUUUGCCCCUGUCCCGGAAUUAAAGGCUUAAAAUCCCACUACAUGGAUCAAACCGUUCCCACCGAAUCCCAAUUGGCCCUAUUAAUGGAGGUGCCGGUGGACAUAUGGGACAGGAGAUUGAAGAAAUUCCUGGAGGACGAAGAACAAGACAACGAUCCGAAGAAAUUGGCCAUUGAAGAAUUAUCGCCGGAAGUUGACAACAAAUUUUCGAUGACCAAGCGACCUUCCUGGUUACAGGAAGAAUUCGACAAAAGCGACCAUUGCAAAUUUGAAAUACCUUAUGAUAAACGUCCAGACGCCAUGUCUUUCUUCGUCGAUAUCGAGCCAGGAAGGAUAGCCAUAAUGCGAGCCGGUACGCACAUCAAGGACCCUAAUUUCACCAAAUACAUGGGCAGACAGGUGAUGGGCGACGCCAUAUCGGCACUAAUAAUGCUGAAAUUCUGGAAAUCGAAGCACUGGGUGCCGGUUUUGCUGAAUAAAAUCUUAAAAUUCGGCGAUUUGUUGUACAGAGACGCGAUGAUUUCCAUACCUAGAACGCAAAGUCUGAAGCUGUCGAAUUUCCAGAAGAAAUCCGAAUAUAUGGGCAAGUACUUCUUGCCCAUUGUAGAGGAUUAUGUGGUUGUUGGAAGACUGUCAUCAAAAGAAUUUGAAGUUCUUGAUCUAUUCGGUGCAUUGGAAAGUUUCCUAAUAGAGAACCAAUGCUGCGUUAUUAUCGGUCCUAUUGUAUUGGCUGUGUGGGUAGAAGAUGGUUACAUUUACAUGUUCGAUCCUAACCAAAGAGAUUCUCGAGGUAAUGCUGAGGGCAAUUUCGAAGAUCCCCCUGGAAAACUAGACUGCGUUUGCCCCAACGGCAAAGCGUGCCUAUUGAGGUUCACGAAUGUCGAGGAUUUGGUCGAUUUGUACAUGAGAAACGUGGAAAAACCGUACAAAUCGAAUCCCUUUUAUCUCAGCAGAGUUCAAGUGCACGAUUGGGUAGACAUACCCGAAGCUUGGGCUAAUUUCAAAGGCUUCGCACCUGGUAAAUGGAUAUUGAGAGCAACUAUCAAUCAAAACGAUAGAAAAUACGAUAUUGUAAGUAAAAAUUUUCAAAGCCCCGCUACAUCGAUGAUUUUAAUGGCGAUGAAGCAAAUAAAACCUUUAAAAGAAUGGGCGGAUACUGAUGUUAAUGAAUUGUUGGACUACGGAGAUAGAUUCUAUCGAGAGACUAUUGACACUCUAAGAGAAAAGAAUUCCUACAAUAACAAAAUGCUGUUAUUGAGCGAUUUAAACAAGGAAUUCAAAUUCUUCGGAAAACUCGUGGAAUUCACAUUGGAGGAAUGCGUUCAAAACGGAAUAUUCACAGCGAAAUGCGACACAGGCGUGAUGAAUCUCUACAAAGCGAUGGCUUAUUAUUACCUAUCUCACGACGAUGGCAUCAUAACUUGCCGGAACAUGUCGGUGGGCGUUUGGAAGUUCGAAGACAUGUUUUUCUACAGCGAUAGCCAUUCCAGAGACGAUAAAGGCCUUACAACACCCUUUGGUACUGCCUGCAUAGUUAGAUGCUGCUCGUUGGAAGACAUCGUCGACAUGAUUCUGUGCAAUUUCGCUCCGAAUCCGGAAGAUUACUUUAACAUCACCAACGUCAAGAUGAGAAUCUACGAGUUGGACUUUGAGGGUAUAAUUAAACCUGUUCUCAUGCACUAUAGGAGAGUGCACAAGAAGAAAUACAUUGUAAGAUCGCUAUACCAAGACGGCAGUAGCCGGUACGAAUUGAACGCGGGCAAACAGCAAAUACCUAUGUUGAUCAUGUCGAUAUGCUACAAUAAAUUGAAACCAUCAGAGGAAUGGAACCAAGCGGAUGUGGAUGAAAUAAUGAACAAAGGCGAUAAUUUAUACACCGCAUCGAUGCUUGACAUCUUAACGAAAGAGGAAAAUAAAUUUAUAGGAGAUACUAUGGAUCACGUUGUUUAUCCAGGUGGAAAAAAACGUGGUAGUAGUAGAGGUGGAUCAGAUGGGGGUUCGAUGGGAUCAGCCAAACCGUCCGAAACCACUGGAAGUUCUGAAGGCGAUGGUGAUAGUAGAGCUGAGGUCACUUUUGCUCCUAACGAAGAAAUCGAAAUCAACUUGCAGACAAUGAGAAAAGUAUUCAACAUAGGUUUGAACAAAUUUACGGUACUACACGAGGAUGUAGGCACAGGCAUCAUCGAACCCGAUCUUCGAGUAGCCGUGCGAGAUUAUUACGAAUCCCUGGAAGCGCUGGAAAGCGGCGACCAGGGCGACAGAUCGGAAACCGGCAGCAGCGCCAAAGAUCCGAGUUCGGAAGGCGACGAAUCGUCGGGGAAAAAAGCCGGCCAGUCGGCCGCCGCCGACGACACCAACAGGGAACUCCUCAUAUUAAUCAAAACAUUCACCGUCAUCAUCUGGAGGGACUCCAAAUUGUUCUAUCUGUUCGACUGCAAAUCGAGAGACAUUGACGGCAACGUGAUCGGCGCGUCGAAUUGGAGCGACGUUUGCUUGACGCCCGCCCAAAGGAAAUUGUUGCUGGCAACUAGACGACCGGCGCCUAAGAAGUCUCUCGCCGCCGGAACUACGGUGGAAGAAACCAAAAGCAGCAAGAGCAUCGCCUCGGCCAAAUCGGCCGGCGAUCGACAGAAAAGUAUCGCGAGCCAAGGAGGAGAUCGACCGAAGAGCAUUGCCGGCGGAGGCGACGACGGCGAAGGAGACGCCGAUAAGAAGGAACCCAGCGCCGUCGUGGCCGUCGAUAAUUUCGAGGAAGGUGAAGAAAUGGGCGAAGAUUAUGGUCAAGAGGGAGAGGAGCAACCUAUUUCUUAUGGAGAAUACGAAGCGAUAGUGGAAGGUAUUCUAUUCCCCCCGCCGAUAGAGAGAAGCGCCUCCUAUUGGGAUUUGCUGGCAAAAUCCGGUAGAGGAUGUGCCCUAGCUUUUACCACUAUAGACGCGCUGAUUGACCACAUAAUCAAGAAUAUCCGUCCCAAAUUAAGAUGGAGCGAUUCAUAUGAAUUAAAAACGAUCAGAGUGAUUAACAGUCCGGAAAAGAAAGACAUCAUGAGACCUCAAGACAUUAGGAAUACCGUUUACGAGGGUCAGUGGUACGAUUUCGAUGAGAUCGAACGUGGCGUUUGGAUCUUAAGAGGAUCGCUCAGUCUAAUUCACGAGACAUUCCCAUCAUUCAACCGCGGUAGACAGUGCUUUAUGAUGGCAGUUUGCGCUUUGGGUAUUGUCUACACAUUCGGUGUGAUAUGUUUCAACAAAUUCACUGUCGACACCAUACUCAAAUACGGAGACAGGUUGUUGACGUGGUGCAAGAAAAUCAGGAAGCAGCAAAUGCAGGAAUACGAUCCGAAUAAGCUGUGCGACGAGGAGAUAGAUUGGAUACUGCAACACGAGGAGUUCGGUGUCGACGACGUGCCGAAGAGGAUAUGCAUAUGGAAGUUUAUGAUCCACGUGGAGUGCAAAGCUGAGGUGGUGACUGGUGAUAUUCGAGCGGAGCCGUUCCUUCGGCUGAUCGACGUGCAAAGAGGAGUGGAUAAAUUUUUCGAGGAAAAUCGCUUUGGUAUCUUGCAGUGUAAAGAAUUGGCUGUAGCAAUUUGGAGAGGUGGUAAACUGUAUUACAUGUGCGACGGGAUGAACAGAGGUCCAAAUGGUAUAACAGAUGCAUGCGGCACCGGUUGCGUCACCAGAUACAUUAAAACCGAGCAUUUAGUCAAAACGUUCGUAGCUAAUUUGACCAGAUUGGGAAAAAACAAUUUCUACAUUCACGCGGUGACUUUCGGCCGGGACAUUUGCCCGAGAGUUCGAACACCUAUUACUUACAUCCCACCUAAAAUAGAUUGCAUCGCCAACGUUUGUAGAGAAAUCGUACCUGGCAAAACCAUUGUCCGCGGCUCGAUAAAUCAAGAUGAUCCCAAAUUCGGCAAACUGCCGGGCGCUCUGAGUCUACCGAUCGCUUUCAUAGCCCUAACGAUGACGCUCAUUCACAAGACGCAGAUUUGGUCUAAGCCGAUCGUCGAUGAGGUUAUCGAAAUCGGCAACGAGCUCUACGACAUCACGGUGGAUAGUUUAGGUUACAGCUACAAUCCUUGGGAAGACAAUCUCAACGUGUGUCAAGUAAAGCACGAUUUUUACGUCGGUGUAUUGAGAGCCAAUCUGGAAGUGAGAAACAUGGAACAGAAGGGAAUCAUCGAACCGACGGAUCCGUGCAUUUGGAACCUACGUAUGGCUAUUGAUAGAUUCUUCGAUGAAAACACUCACGGUAUAGUCGUAACGGAAUACAUGAUUCUGGCCAUUUGGGAGGAGGAAAUCGAAAAUAGCGAUCCGUUGAUUUACAUAUACGAUCCGAAUUCGAGAGGUCCCACCGGCUUACCGACGUACAAUGGCGUCGCUUGUUUGAUAUCCUGUCUCAAUCCUAGAAUGGCAGCGAAGCAUAUUUGCAGCUGUAUCUUGGAACCGGAACAUAAAUUAGGACCCUUCAAAAUAUUGCCUGUGGAAAUUGUCGUCGGUACUAAAAGGACGCCCAAGAAGUUAAGGAAAGUCGAUAGUGUAAGUACUAUGGUACUGCCACGUUGUAGAGAAGGUGAAAUCAACAAAAAGAAGCGGUUAAUGAGAAAACUGGCUGAAUACGAAAGACGAAGGAAAGAGUACAGGAGACGCCAAUUGAUCGGUCGCAGGGCUUACUACCUUUUGAACAACGGCGAUUCGAUUAUCCGCGGUUACAGAAGCACGAAUUCGGAAUGUUACCCAGAUAGCGCUAGAAACAAUCAGGAUCUACCUAUGUCGAUUAUAGCGCUGGUCAUGCACGUGCUGUUUUCCAUUGAAAACUGGACCUACAAAAACGUGGAUCUAGUUUUAGACACCGGAAACCAACUGUAUUUGGACUCCUACAUAGCGUACGGUCCCAAGGACCCGAAGCUCGGUCCGGAAAAUAUCAUUAGAAAAUUUUUCCUGAAGCACCUUACCAUUAAAGUCACCAUUUAUAAGCCGAUCGUGACCGAUGAGUUUGUUUGUACGAGUUUGUUGAGAGUGUUGGGUAUAUUUUUCUCGCAGGAGCCCUUCUGUCUUUUUUACCACAAAAACCAAUGGGUCGCGUUGAUUGCCAAAGCCGGGUAUUUCUAUCUGUUCGAUCCCCAUCCGAGGGACCUGGAAGGUUGCGCCAUCGAGAAGAUUGAUAAGUGCGAGCCGGGAACGGCUGUGGUCGUUAAAUGUGAUAGUGUUGAGCGUUUGGUCUGCAGGUUGUUGGAAAAUUUAACUUUACCACCGCAGGAAAACGGCACAGAUAGCAUGGAACAAAACGCGGAAGAGAAUUCAUUUACGCUGUGGCUUAUAUCGGUUGCCAUUCGGUAGUUUUUGUCAAUUUUGUAAUUUGUAAUUGUGAUACCUAAUAUACAUUUUUUUUGACACGUUGAUAAUUAUAUUAUUUAAGGGGUAAUCAUUCGGAUUAAUUAAUUACUGGAAAAAGAAACGUAAUUUGUUUUCUUAGAAUUCCUCUGAUAGUAACGUUUUUGAUACACAAUCCCCGAUACGAAAUCCGAAAUCUGGUUGACCUUUAACUCGUAAUAAUUGUUUAUGAUUCAAGAAAGAAUUAAAAAUAAAUGAAAAUGUGAUGUCAUAAUCUAGAAUGUCUAUCUUUUUUGUACCUGCUUGAAAUUGCUUAGUGUUUCCGUCACGCUUUGCAUACAUCUAAUAUUC